UUGGGAUAUAUUGCCACUCAAAGGGCUCAAAAUCAAAACUUGCAAUUUGGAACUCUAAAAGAUGGUGAUGCGACGAGAGGAUUGAACCGGGGAACGUACAGGUAUCAUCCCACAGUUGCAACUGGAUUUACUAUUUGUUGGACUUUACACGAAAGAGCUAAUCAAUAUGACUUUUGUUGGCUGUAGGGCUAUGCCUAUGCCUCUGACUUGAAGUGUUUGUUUAUCAGGGUCUUUGUUCUCCCCGGUGCUGCGCCGUAAGCAGAGAAUCGGCACACGUCAAGCCCGCUUAGCACGUGUCAUCCUAAACCGCAAACAAGGAAAACAGACCAUCACGCCGAUUACCAAACCAUCAAAAUCUCGGCCUAGAAUUAUUUCCCAGCGAGGUAUUCAUGAAUUGAAAUGUACACAUCUAUAUCUGCAUUAACGGAAUUUGAUUCAUCUUUAUCAGCAAUUUAAACUGUUUGUUGUGGCGUCUGUUUGAGACUCAGAUGAAAAAUUGGAAGAACAGAGGAGUAAUUGGGGUAGAAGACAACCCGUGCGCUGUAUGAUAUAUCACUUUGCACGUGCAUGGUUACACACUCACGGCGUGUGCCGACUGGGAAAAUGCAAAUGAAAUGAGUAACGCGGGAGACAAGAGGGAAAAAAUGUGAGGGGAAAAAAGCGACCCAUCGAGUUUGUGAGAGAGUCACUGGGGCGUGCCACAGACCUCCAAAUCUGUUCGCUUCGGCUGGGAGAGACCGUGGGAAACUUUGUCAUCUCGUCUCCUCGCUCACACAAUGUGCUCUGCUGCUUCUUGUUGGCUUCAAGAUCAGAACUGAAUUUCUACCUCGAUCUUCUCACAUAUUACAUCUUGUGUCCUGCUCGUGUCCAGGCUGUAUAAUUGAUAUCGACGAAUAUGCCUUGAUAUUUCACAAAUCGGACGAUCUGGGGAUAAUGCCAAUGCACUUGGAAGAAUCACAUGUUUUUGGUUGAAGUUUCUACAUCAUUAGUAACAUCAUGGCAAUGGGGUGCGCAGCGGGGUCACAUGUAUCAAAAUCACAACUUAUUGUAUGCAUUAUCGGAUUUUUAGGCUUUACAUUGCUUGCCCUUGGAGCAGUGUCGGACUAUUGGGUCACUUACGGGAUUAACACGGCCGUUUCUUCUGGGGGAAGCAACGGGACUUCUCCUCUACCUACUACCCUACUCCAAAGGGAAGGAUUAUGGAGAAUAUGCCUUCAGUACAUUGCUAACGAGUCAACCGAUGUAACAGGACACAUGUGUUUCUUCGGUCUUUCUGCACCUGAUUCAGUGUCCAUGCCACAAGGUCUUAACUCACAGACAAGAUAUGAAGUGAGUUUUCUGAUCGCUACAUGGGUGCUGUAUGGGGUAGGCGUGGUUUUGUCAUUAAUUGCCGUUGUCAUGGCAAUAGCUGCGCUGAGACACAAGAAGAAUCAAACGCUCUUGAGAGGUGUGUCAGCUUUGUUUAUUUUAGCAGCUCUGUUGGCCUUCGUGGGGCUGGUGAUCUACGCAGUGCGGACAUCCAGGUUUCCUGACCAAUGGCCAGAGGGGGACUCCCCAUACUCAUCUGCAUCCCUCGGAUGGGCGUACAGUAUCUCAUGGGUGGGGCUGCUUCUCAGCGUCAUUGCAGGGGCGGGGCACCUCUGGGUCCUAAGGCGAUAUGAAGACAGUAUGAUUUGAAACUUCCAAGGAUCGAAAUCACAAACAUUUUUUUGGUGGUAUGAAAGGACCAGUGAAUGAGAGCUUGACCCAUUCCUUCACACACACAUCCAUGCAGUCUGCAAUGUGGAGCUGUUCACACAAGGAUUAAGAUGGGGAUUAAGACUCAGUGCGUAAGAUUUAAUGUCGAAAAAGUGAGUUGUGUUUGCUGCACAUACACUUUUAAGUCAGGAUGACUGACCAAUGUAUUAUGGAACGCUGAUGGACGUUUGCUGCAUAUGGUGCGAAUGCCUGCAUCAGGGCAAACUGGGGUUGACCCAUGCGAACCUUUUUUUAAAACACGAUCUUGCAGGAUCAGAAGAGGUGCAUUAAUGCAUAAUGCUAUGUACUAUAUAAAAAUGAGUAUGUUCAAGUCUUAUUCAGAUGUCUGUUUUACUCAGAUUUUGCAGAAGGCAAAGCUAUAUCAUGCGUUUUAAAGUUCUCCAAAUUGAUAUCUAAAUAAAUUAUGUAGCUUAAAUGAUUAUAUAAAAAAUUUAUGAACAUGAUCUUUCAAUGCAUGUCAUGAAAAUGUGCAUAAAAGGUUAUAUAUGCAGUUAUGAUGAGUAUUCAGGAUUAUGGAAAUAAUUUUUCCAAAUAAAGAUACUGUUAGACAGUAAAUUAUAUUUCAAAAAUCAGUUAUCCAAGAUGUUUGAAAAUUGGAUUAUGAUCGCAUGCCCAUUCAAACUUUAAAUUUUGUUUUUAUGCCAAAGUAAAACUAAAAACAUCCCAUUUCCCAGUCUCCAAACACACUGUGUUUUGUUUUUGAUUAUUGGAUGUUUAAUUAUAUGUAAUUUUAUUGAGAAAAAAAUUGAAAAUACAAAAGAUUAGGUCACCAAAUGUGCUGUCUUCCCUAAAUAUAUUCUGUAUUUGCUGUACAAAAGCAUUGAUGUGAUUGAAAUAAUUGAUACAAAAUACCAUUGAAGCCAUUCUGGAACCAUUCAAGUCUGGAGAUGAACUGGCAGAUUUAACAUUCCUACCAAUAAGCGAAACGAUCAUUUCCCUUCAAAACUUUGAAAAGAGAGGAUAAUAUAUUAGUGUAAAUAAUGAUUAGGUCAAAUGGGAGAAAAUUGAUAGUACGAAUCUAACAUUUUUAAUGAUUGUUUGUAAAUCAUGUAUAUAAGAUUUCUAAUGCAAAUUACUAUACUAUGCCUUUUUCAUAAAAUGCUUUAUAUCGUUUACUAUUGCUUUGUUUGCUUUUGAUAUUUUAAAAAUCGUAUUAUUCUUUUUUGUGUGGAGUGCAUAUGCCUUUAGCUGCUUUGAAUUAUUUUGCCCUAACGUAUAAUGUCAUACGUUUUUAUUCAAAGUGACCAGAAUUAGAUUUCAAGUUAAUUUAUUUUAGGUUAAUAUUUUAUAUUUUGAUCAGGUUUUUCAUUGAAGGAAUAGGUGAAUAUGGUUCAGACGAUAUAUCUUAGAUUGCCCCGUUUUGUAAAGGUUUUAUUAUUUUUAUUAAUUCCUUGUCAUUCCACAUCACAUGUAGUUAAACAACCUUGCUUAUGAUUAUAAAUCCGAUUGACACCUCAGGUUUAAGCCUUGAUAAUCGCAAACCUUGAUUUUUAAUUUUUCUUUGUAUUCAUUUUUACCAUAUUGUGACUAUUUGAGAACAUAAUUUGUACUAAAGAACAAAUUCAAUUGUAUUUUUUAUAUAAUUUUCCAAUGUUGGUUUGUUUUAGUUUUUAGAAUCUGAAAAACACGCAUUACUUAUUAAUAUAGAGAACAGUACAUGUUUGUUUUUUAUUACAAUCUGUUUUGUUCAUAAUUGGAAAAAAAUAUCAAAGCAGUACUAAAGCCAUUACCAUGUCCAUUUCAUGAAUCAUUCCGAUAUUGUAUUUUAAUAUUUUGUCGUCGUGAUAACUCCAAACUUCUUGUUGCACAUAGUCGAUAAUUAUUGUGUCUUUUAUCAUUGAGAUAAGAUUUCCACAGCAAGUCAAUUAUGCCGGCCCGUAAAACUUCAGUGUGUCCCGGAAAAAACACAAACCCGACAACAUCGAUGCUUUAUCAUAAAUUAAUCGGAAUUAUAUUUCAUAAAUGACACAUAGUUGUAGAGCAGAAAUCCUCUUGAUAAAUGAAUGUUUCUCUUUUCGUUUUAUUCCAUUUCUCUCAUAAGUACAAACAAUAUGACGAGAGACUACAGUUCGGUGUCUUUUUUUCUGGGACGCACAUUAUUCAAAAUACCAAAUGAUGCGACAAGUAUUGAAUCCAUGUAUCUCAUCCUUUGUGCCAACAUUCAUCUUGAUAAACUUGUUGAAAUGCAAGUUUUUAUUUAAACACUUCUUGUACCGUUACGUUUUGUAUUUUUUUUCAAAUGAGUGAAGUAUUUCGAUAAUUGUUAUUGUAUAGCUCUAUGAUACCAUAAAGCUGGUAAACAAUAUUUUGCAUACUACAGACCUCAUAGGGGAUGAUGUUUUUUAACGCAAAUAUAUUCAAACAAUUGUUUUUUUUUCUUCAAAUUUUGACAGAAAACAUUUUUUUUUACUCUAUUCCAUUUUCAGAAAGAUAUUAACCAUGUUAACCUAAUGAUCAUUGCAAUCCACAUUCCACAAUUAUUAUUCCAAAGCUUAUGUGUAUAUAUGGUUUUGGUAUUGCUUUUCUUUCUGCACACAAUGUCAUGUAAGCUACUUGUCAAAGUAAUUAGGUAGCACCCAUCUUGCAAGGACACCAUUUUAUUCAUAUUUUUUCAUGAAAAGAGGGCAAUUCCAUAAAAUGAUCGACCUUUUUGUAGGUCCGACCCCCAU